UGGAUGAGUGGUACGAGCGGUGCGUUAUGGAGCCCACGUUAGCAUCGCUCGAGGAAUUCCAAGAACGCGAUAGUGGGUGGGCGUUGUCGCGUAUACAGAAUUUGACUGUAAAUGUGAAUAAGUACAAUUCUAUGCGCGCGGGAUGUCACGUGACAUUACCGCGGGAAAUAAUAACAAAGCGUGCGGUUGUUAACGUGAAAUCGAUGGACAAUGCUUGCUUCACGUGGUCUGUGAUAGCCGCUCUAUAUCCCGCAGAAAGAAAUUCAGAAAGAGAGUCAUCGUACCCUCAUUAUACAAACGUUUUGAAUUUCAAUGACAUUGAGUUUCCAAUCGCGUUAAAAGACAUUAAAAAAUUCGAGAGACUAAAUAAUAUUUCGGUCAACGUCUACGAGAUCCAAAAGGAUCAAACUGAAACCUAUAAAAUUCUCCCGCUAAGACUCUCCAACGACAAGAAGGAGAAGCAUGUUAAUCUGCUAUACGUGCAAGAUCUACGCGAAGACAACGUGGGGCACUUUGCAUGCAUCAAGGAUCUGUCUCGUCUAGUGAGCUCACAACUCAGUAAAAAGGAACACAAAAAAUAUAUUUGUGACCGGUGAGUAAUAAUUUUAUAAAUGUUGUAUUAAUUUUUUAUAAUAAAAAAUAAAAAUUUACGCUAUUUUUUACAGAUGUUUACAUUACUUUAGUUCUGUGGAAAAGUUUGAUGUCCACAGCGUAGAUUGCCAGAAAAUGAACGACUGCGCCAUCCAAUUACCUACUGAAGACGAGAAAUGGCUGAGCUUCCGCAACAUCAACAAUAAGGAGCGUGUGCCGUUUGUCGUCUAUGCCGACCUAGAGUGUACAUUGGAGAAGAUGGAGAAGGAGGAUACGGAAAUAUCGUACCAACAGCAUCAUCAAGUAUUUAGCUUGGGAUAUUAUGUACAUUGUUCGUACGAUGACACAUUAUCGGGGUAUUGGUUUCAUCGUGAUAAGAAUUGUAUCGCAUGGUUCGCUAAACAACUAGAGAAAUUAGCGCAUCGCGUAAAAUCAAUUUUAUUUGCUAAGGUCCCCAUGGAAACUCUAUCGAAAGAGCAAUGGGAGGCAUAUCGUAACGCAAAGCAGUGUCAUAUUUGUGAUAAGCCGUUUGCACCGGAUGAUACACGAGUGCGAGAUCAUUGCCAUCUCACCGGUCGUUAUCGCGGUCCCGCGCAUUCGCUUUGUAACUUGUGUUAUCAAAAUGUGUUGUACAUACCAGUAAUUUUCCAUAAUUUAUCCGGAUACGAUUCACAUUUUAUUAUUAGAGAAAUAGCCACAACAUUCAAAGGGAAUAUCGAUGUGCUUCCCGUUACAAAAGAAAAAUAUAUUUCUUUUACGAAGCAUGUCAUAGGUACCGCCGAUGAAUUAGACCCAAACAAUCACAUAAAAUUACGAUUCAUAGAUUCAUAUAAAUUUCUCAAUUCUAGUCUUGAAAAAUUGGCAUCAUUUCUUGGUAAAGAAAAACUAAAAAUUGUACGUAAGGAAUUUUCGAAUUUAUCUGACAAAGAAUUCGAUUUAUUGACUCGUAAAGGCAUAUUCCCAUACGAGUAUGUUGACUGUGUCGCAAAAUUGAAGGAAACGCGUUUGCCAUCGCGCGAAUUAUUCUUUAGUUCGUUGACGGGCGAU